AUGGCAGUUCAAGUACACCCCAUCUACCGCGCAUGGUUCCUCUGGAUUGACCCCAUCCUGACCAUCGCCGGGAUGUACGUGAACCUCUUCGACCACAACCUAGCUACGCUGGCCUUUUUCUCAAACUACCCACCCACUGAAGAGCUCAAGCCUUUUGUCUACCAGAUUGGCGGCAUGGGGACGUCGUUCCUGUGUCUGUUUGUCAUCCUGCUGCGUUACACGGAUGACAUCAAUAUCUGGAAAAUCGUGCAGUUCGCCAUUCUGUGGGCCGACUUCACAAUGCUCACUGCCAUGUAUGUCGCGUUGCGGCUUGAGGGCCGUCUCGCGAUUUCGGACUGGCGACAAGAGGAUUGGGUUAGUGUCGUGAUCACUGGUACAUGCACCAUUCUACGAGCACUGUUUGUCCUGGGUAUUGGGGUUAAGGAGUCUAAAGUCAAGGAGAGGAAAGUUUGA